UCCAUGGGCAGAUCAUCAUCAUAAUCUUCUUUCUUCUCUCUCUAUCUCUUUCUAUAAUCUUGAUUGAAUUGCAUAAAAUAUUUAGUGAGAAGGGGACGUUUCCUCGUUUUUCAGCUGUUUGUAAGUAUUGAUCUUCUGACACAUUUGAUUAAAGCAUUUUCAUACAAACACAUAUCUAUCCACAUCUUUCUUUCUCUAAAACAUUCUCAUCUCUCUCUCCAAAAAAAAAUUCUUUAUAGCUCAUAUAUGGAAGGAUCAGUCCUGGCUGCAUCAAAUGAUUUAGAAAGGAGGGUCAUAUCAUCCCUUGUUUGACCAGUUUCACAGUAAUUUGGAAGAUUGAUGACGACGUAUUUUCAUGGAAAUUCAGAAAUUCAGGGAGGUGGUGAUGGCUUACAGACACUGAUUUUGAUGAAUCCUGGUUUUGGAUACCCUGACAAUCAACAGCCACACCCGCCGGGUAGCAACUUCGUUUUUCUCAACUCCAGCACCACCGGAAACUCACUCAACUUACCCCACGCGCCACCGUCUCAAACUCAGCACUUUGUCGGUAUUCCUUUACAGGCCAACUCUUCUACCGCCGCCUCGUCCCAAGACCCUCACGCUCCGCCUGUCCAUUCCCAGCAUGAUGCGUCUCCCUUCCACGGGUUCUUCCCUCGCGUGCCGUACAAUUUGUAUGCUCCGUCAAUGGACCUUACGGCAGGGCGUGAAGUUACACGCGCUCAGCAAGGACUUUCCUUGAGCCUCUCUUCCCAGCAGCCAUCGGGGUAUGGAUCUUUUAGGCCUGAACAUGAGGUGAUAUCGCAACCACUUACGACCACCGUAUCGCCACCACGUGCUGGCGGCGACGAUGUUAGAAUUUCAGGAGGGUCACCGACGCAGUCCUCAGCGACGGCUUCGGGGAUUUCGAACGGUGUGAACGGUAUGCAAAGUGUGCUGUUAAGUUCUAAGUAUUUGAAGGCAGCACAGGAAGUUCUUGAUGAAGUUGUUAGUGUUGGUAAGGGAAUUAUAAAGAGCGUCUCUGAAUCCGCCGAGAACCCUUAUGGACAAGCCAAGAAUAUUGGAGAACCGUCGCCGCCGCAUCCGGCUGCCGGAGAUGGACAAAGUGGAGGAGACACCAGUGCAAAACGUGAUACUGAGCUCACUACAGCAGAAAGACAGGAAAUUCAGAUGAAAAAGGCAAAACUUCUGAACAUGCUUGAUGAGGUUGAGCAGAGGUACAAACAGUACCACCAACAGAUGCAUGUUGUAACCUCAUGGUUUGAACAAGCAGCAGGCAUAGGUUCUGCCAAGACAUACACUGCUCUGGCUUUGCAAACAAUCUCAAAGCAAUUUCGGUGCUUAAAAGACGCCAUAUUAGGCCAAAUUCGAUCUGCCAGCAAGAGUUUAGGAGAAGACGAUGGUUUGAUAGGGAAGAUUGAGGGUUCGAGGCUAAAGUACGUCGAUAAUCAGCUUCGACAACAAAGAGCCUUACAGCAAUUGGGAAUGAUCCAGCAUAAUGCUUGGAGACCUCAGAGAGGAUUACCCGAACGGUCUGUUUCUGUCCUUCGUGCUUGGCUCUUCGAACACUUUCUGCACCCUUAUCCCAAGGAUUCAGACAAGAUCAUGCUUGCAAAACAGGCAGGGCUUACUAGGAGUCAGGUGUCGAAUUGGUUCAUCAAUGCUCGGGUUCGACUCUGGAAGCCGAUGGUAGAGGAGAUGUAUAUGGAAGAGGUUAAGGAACAAGAAAAGACAGGGCCAGAAGAAAUGACUAGCAAAAUUGAGCAAAAUGAAGAUUCAGUGUCAAAAUCCACCAUUCCACAAGAAAAGAGGCCUAUCAAAGAAAAUCAAAACAAGAAUUUUGUCGAAAAACAAGAGAAUCCCAUGAACCAGAACACAAAUCCAGCAACAUUAAUGUCCACAGCCUCGACAUCUCCGGCUGGAGCCACUAUCAGGAACAAUUCAGGUUUCAACCUAAUUGGAUCAUCAGAAAUGGAGAGUAUCACUCAAGGAAGUCCAAAGAAAACCCGCAGCAGCGUAGAAAUGUUACAUUCCCCAAACAGUGUCCCAUCCAUAAAUAUGGAUUUAAAGCCCAUUGAGACGAACAAUGAGCAAAUUUCCAUGAGCUUCAUGAAUGAGAGGCAGAGCAGGGGUGAGUUUACAUUAAUGGGGGCUCCAACUAACUUCAUCUCAGGAUUUAAUUCGUAUCCAAUCGAGGACAUUGGAAGGUAUGACGCCCAGCACUUCCAAGCACCGUAUUCAGGAAAUGGCGUUUCUCUCACUCUCGGCCUCCCACACUGCGAAAAUCUCUCCAUUUCAGGCACACAUCAAACCUUUCUUCCAAACCAAAGCAUUCAGCUCCGACGAGGACUUGAAAUCGGUGAAGCAAAUGAGUUUGGUGGUAUGAACGCUCCAACAUCCCCUCAUUCAUCCAAUGUGUACGAAAACAUCAACAUUCAAAACCGGAAGAGGUUCGCUGCACAGUUGUUGCCAGACUUCGUCGCGUGAUCACUGGUCGAGGAGAACAACGUUGAGGACGUGGCGAAAUAGGCAAAUGAAAUGACAUCUAUGACGGGUACUAGGUCGUCACAUAUAGGGGUGUCAUAAAAGGUUACUAUAACGAUCAUAUCGACCCAACCCUGUUGAGAUGUUGCCGAGGUAUUUGAGGUCGUCUUCUUCUUCUCAUAUUCCUAGAUUACUAGGAAGAAAGGGAUAGCAUUAUAGCGUAGAGAAGGCAGACUUUUACAUACUAUAGGUAUAUACAUUUCACUAGAAAUAGGAUUUUAGAACAUAUGAUUGAGGAUUGUAUAUUAAUUUUGUUGCUGCAGAUACAUAGAUGAUUGUAAUAAUGAAUGUGGAAAACUAGUUUAUUUUGGGUGGUAAAGAAAAAUAAUAUUGAUGAAAUUGUCGUUUUUGUGUGUA